AAAGCUGCUGGUAAUUUCUCUACGGCUUUCUUUCCACCUAUCCAUCAAUCGCUUUCGUCAACACUCCCUCACUCACUGAUUUUUCCCUCUCUCCCUCGCACUUUCUCGCAUUUUUCCCGUUUUAAUUUUCUUUUUCUCUGCCAUAGACACAAGAAAGGAAAAAUAAAAAGUAAUUCCUCGAACCAAACGGCCUGAAGAAUCUUUGAAAUUCUCAAAACCUCCUUUUGUUUUUGUCACAUUCUCUCGUCGCUUCCAAAAACUUAGCCUUCUUCACCGCCAUUGCUCAUAGUUUUCUUCGAAGUGGAGUCUUUUUGCGGAGUUCCUCUUCCAUUUUCCACUGAGAGUUAGCUCAAAUCCGAGCUCAAACUUUAACCGAAUUGAAUUUCGAGGAGAUGUGAAUACAGGUGUCGAAUUGCGGUGAUUUUUUGUGUUCUUGGUUGGAGGCAACGUGUGGAGGAGUUAGUGUACGGACAAUCUGGUGCAUUGGGAGUGAUGUAGGGUAGGGUUUCGUUAGCGAAACUCGAAGCUUGAUGUCGCCCUAGAGAAGAUGAGCGCUGACCAGUCUAAGCCGGGCCCGGUGGAGAGGGACAUUGAGUUGGCCAUUACUGCUCUUAAGAAAGGUGCGCAGUUGCUCAAGUAUGGAAGGAGAGGGAAGCCCAAGUUUUGUCCCUUCAAACUGGCUAAUGAUGAAUCUACCCUGAUCUGGUUUUCUGGAAAAGAGGAGAAACACCUUAAACUAAAUCAUGUGUCCAGAAUUAUUCCCGGUCAGCGUACUCCUAUAUUUCAGAGGUACCCUCGGCCUGAGAAGGAAUACCAAUCAUUUUCUCUUAUAUAUGAUGAUAGGUCUUUAGAUUUGAUAUGCAAGGAUAAAGAUGAAGCUGAAAUCUGGUUUACUGGUCUAAAAGCACUAAUAUCCCGUGGUCGCCACCGAACAGGGCGAUCUGAGUCAAAAGGAGAUGGAGUUCCAUCUGAAGCAACUAGUCCUAGAGCACACACCCGAAGAAGUUCUCCUUUGAGCUCUCCAUUUGGCAGUGGUGGCAGCUCACAAAAGGAUGGCGCCGAUCCCCUUCAUCUGCAUACUCUGCAUGAAAGCCCUCCAAAAAUUGGUCUAGAGAAGGCAUUAUCAGAUGUGAUAUUAUGUGCUGUGCCUCCUGAGGCUUUCUUUCCCUCAGAUUCUGCUUGUGGCUCAGUCCAUUCUUUGUCAUCAGGAACCUCCGAUGGAAUAACUGGGCGCAGAAAUGCUACAAAUAUGGAUGCUUUCAGAGUUAGUUUGUCCAGUGCUGUUAGCUCAUCAAGUCAAGUCUCUGGUAACAAUGAUGGUGAUGCUUUAGGGGAUGUCUUUAUUUGGGGGGAAGGCACUGGUGAUGGCAUUCUGGGUGGAGGAAUAAAUAGAGAUGGAUGUUCUUCUGGUGCGAAGAUUGAUUCUUUAGUUCCUAGACCCAUGGAAUCUGCAGUGUUACUUGAUGUUCAGAACUUAGCUUGUGGUCGUCGACAUGCUGCUCUUGUAACCAAGCAAGGAGAGGUUUUCACUUGGGGGGAGGAAUUGAGAGGCAGACUUGGACAUGGUGUUGACUCUGAUGUUUCUCAUCCAAAGCUUGUAGAUGGUCUUAGAAAUAUCAAUAUUGAACUUGUGGCAUGUGGGGAGUACCAUUCUUGUGCUGUUACUCUUUCUGGUGAAAUGUACACUUGGGGUAAUAGUUCUUACAAUUCUGGGCUCCUUGGACAUGGAAAUGAAUCCUAUCAGUGGGUUCCUAAAAAAUUAAAUGGACCUUUGGAGGGAAUACAUGUUUCAUCAGUUUCCUGUGGACUGUGGCACACAGCUGUUGUAACUUCUGCAGGGCAAUUGUUUACUUUUGGUGAUGGGACUUUUGGUGUUUUAGGACAUGGUGACCGUAGAUGUGUGGCAAUACCAAGGGAAGUUGAGUCCCUUAAAGGCCUCCGGACUGUGCGGGUAGCUUGUGGUGUUUGGCACACUGCAGCAGUUGUUGAAGUCAUGGUUGGCUCUUUGACUUCCAGCAAUUGCUCAUCAGGAAAGCUUUUUACAUGGGGAGACGGAGAUAAAUUCCGUCUUGGGCAUGGUGAUAAGGAAGCAAAACUGGUGCCAACUUGCGUUGCCGCUCUUGUUGAACCUAACUUUUGCCAAGUUGCCUGCGGAGACAGCCUGACUGUGGCACUAACAACUACAGGCCAUGUCUUCACCAUGGGAAGCCCUGUUUAUGGUCAACUAGGAGAUCCCCAAGCGGAUGGGAAGCUCCCCAGAAAGGUUGAGGGAAAGCUUAUGAAGAAUUUUGUUGAAGAAAUAGCUUGUGGUGCUUAUCAUGUUGCAGUUUUAACUUCAAGAACUGAAGUUUACACUUGGGGAAAGGGUGCCAAUGGUCGUUUGGGUCAUGGGGAUACCGAUGAUCGAAUGUCCCCAUUUUUAGUUGAAGCUUUAAAAGAUAAACAAGUCAAAACAAUUGCUUGUGGCACAAAUUUCACCACAGCCAUCUGUCUGCAUAAAUGGGUCUCAGGUAUUGAUCAAUCAUUGUGUUCUGGCUGCCGCCUUCCAUUUAAUUUCAAAAGAAAACGACACAAUUGUUAUAAUUGUGGACUUGUUUUCUGCCACUCAUGCACUAGUAAAAAGUCUCUCAAGGCUUCCAUGGCACCAAACCCAAACAAACCUUACCGUGUCUGUGAUAAUUGCUUUGGAAAACUUUGGAAAGCCACUGAAGCUGACUCUUCGUCUCAUCCUGCUCUUAGUAGAAGGGGAAGUGUGAAUCAGGGGCAAAAUGAACUUAUUGACAAGAAUGAAAAGUUGGAUUCAAGAUCGUAUGUCCACCCUGGAAGAGUUUCUUCCUUAGAAUCAUCUAGAGAAGAAAGUGGUGGAUCUUCUAAAAGAAACAAGAAACUAGAUGUUAACAUUAGUCGUGUUUCACCCCUUCCCAAUGGGGUUUCUCAGUGGGAUGCGCUCAGUGACUCUAAAUCUCUCAAUCCAGUGUUUGGGUCAUCCAAAAAGUUCUUCUCAGCUUCUCUUCCUGGAUCAAGAAUUGUUUCUCGAGCAACAUCUCCAAAGUCAAGGCGAUCCAGUCCCCCUCGUGCCACUACACCAAUUCCAACUUUAUCAGGGCUUAGUUCACCAAAGUUUGUUGUGGGUGAUGCUAAAAGGAUGAAUGAUAAUCUGAAUGAAGAGGUUCUAAAAUUAAGAGUCCAGGUUGAUGAUCUUACCCGCAAGGCAAAAAUUCAAGAAAUUGAGCUGGAGAGAACAACCAAACAGCUGAAGGAGGCCAUUUCUAUAGCAGGGGAAGAGGCUGCAAAAUCAAAAGCUGCAAAGGAAGUAAUUAAGGCACUUACUGCACAGUUGAAGGAAAUGGCUGAGAGGUUACCUGUUGGAGCUGCAAGAAACAGCACUUCACCUUCCUUUGGUCCUUAUAACCCCUCUCUUACUCAGGAUGUUUCUACUGCACCCAUUGAUGUGCUAGAUAGUAACAUGACCUGCCAUGAACUAGAUUCAAAGGGAUCAAACAGGUUGGUGAUUUCUAAUGGGUCAUCCACAAUUGGUAACAACACUUUGAGUCACACUGAAAUGGUGCAUCAAGAAACAACUGCAAGGAGUAAGACUAGAGCAGCAAAAUCUGAACCCCCCCAUGGGGAUGAAUGGGUUGAGCAAGAUGAGCCAGGCGUUUAUAUCACUCUUAUUUCCUUACCUGGAGGUGCUAAAGAUCUUAAACGUGUCCGCUUCAGUCGUAAGCGGUUUAGUGAGAAAGAAGCAGAACAAUGGUGGGCAUUAAACAGGGCUAGAGUAUAUCAGCAGUACAACAUUCCCAUGGUUGACAAGUCUGGCAUUGGCAUGGGAAGGGAAGGGAAGGUUUAGCUCAUUGACCAGCCAGAUUCAAAAGAUGUAAAUGAGUUGGAAAUUUCCAUAUUCCAAACUUCCAAAUUUGAAGUUUGUUGUUUCAGAUUCAGCUUUUAAGCUCUUCGAAAGAAAGGGCUGGAUACACCCAAUUUUGUUUUCACAGCGGGGAGGGUUGUAUUAUCUUUUCUUCCCUCAAAUUCAACCCCUUUUCUUUUCUCCGGAAAUGCAUCCCCCGCCUUUUCUCUCUGUUUUUUCGAGGAAAGUUGUGAAGUUGUUAGGCAUGUGUAAAUUCUUUGUAAGUAGGUUACUCGUGUUAUAUUCAAAACUAUCAUGUAAAUUGGCGAUGUUAAUGCAUCUUUCAUAUUUCUUUCUA